CACUCUUACUUGUUCAACGCUCCACAACACGCAACAUAAAAAAAAGAACUCAGUUAAUGAUUCUCACGUCCCACAUAUCCUACAAACACAACUUUUCUUCAAUCAAACUCCAACUCAAAACUGUUAACAUUGGCAUUUUGUGAGCAAAUCUUUGUGGUUUCGUUUUUUAUAUUCCAAGUAAAGGCCUUUUUCAUUGCCAGCCAUGAUCCAAGUCCUCCACUCUCCACCCCAUUUUGCUUCAUCACAAAGAACAACAACAAAGACAAGGACACCCUCAACAACCUCAACCUCUUCCUCUUCCUCUUCCUCUUCAUUCUCUUCCCAUGCUAUUCUCCGACCACACCUUUCUCUCUUUGCUUUUCUUCUGACCCUUCUCAAGAAGAGUCUCACCAACUGCAAGCACCUUUGCUCCCCCAUGGACAUUGGCUCCCCCACUAAUGUGCGCCAUGUUGCACAUGUCACCUUUGAUAGGUUCAACGGUUUCUUGGGUUUGCCCGUUGAGUUUGAACCUGAAGUGCCCAGAAGGCCUCCUAGUGCUAGUGCAACUGUUUUUGGAGUUUCAACAGAAUCCAUGCAGCUAUCGUUUGACUCAAGAGGGAACAGUGUGCCAACAAUUCUGCUAUUGAUGCAAAGGCAUCUCUACGCUCAAGGAGGGUUAAAGGUGGAGGGGAUUUUCAGAAUUAAUGCAGACAAUGGUCAAGAGGAACAUGUCAGGGAUCAAUUGAAUUUGGGAGUGGUCCCAGAUGACAUUGAUGUACAUUGUUUGGCAGGACUAAUUAAGGCUUGGUUUAGGGAACUUCCUACGGGCAUUCUGGAUUCGUUAUCACAAGAGCAAGUAAUGCAAUGCCAGACUGAGGAGGAAUGUACUGAACUAGUGAGGCAUCUACCUCAUACUGAAGCUUCACUCUUGGACUGGGCCAUCAAUCUGAUGGCUGAUGUUGUCGAACAUGAACAUCUUAAUAAGAUGAAUGCACGCAACAUUGCCAUGGUUUUUGCACCAAACAUGACUCAGAUGGCAGACCCUUAUACUGCAUUGGUGUAUGCAGUUCAAGUAAUGAACUUCUUGAAGACACUUAUAUUAAGGACAGUGCGGGAGAGAAAGGAUUCUGUGAUAGAAUCUUAUCCUAGAUUAUAUUUAGAACCUUAUGAUAAUGAAAAUAAUAUACUUUCGGACUCCUGCCAUCAAGAUAUUCCAGCAGAAAAUCUAGAGACUCACGAAAAUUUUGUUUUGGAGAAAACUGUCUUAGAAUGUUCGUCUGAAUCUCUCCAGAACAACAUUUCAACUGGAGGAGAGUCUAGCAAUUUGACAAGCUCUUCUGAUGAUCUUGUCUGCAAUGAAGAUUUGUAUUGUGAGUUUCCACCAAAAGGAAAUGUGGGGAAGAGUAAAACUGGCCAAUCAAGUAAGUCCAAUGCUAGAAAAGAGACCAAAAAGACCAAAGGCCAGCAACCUAUGAUCCAUCAAACGGUGCCUGUUGAGAAAAGGGGAAAUGGGAGUUUGAACUGCAUAGAUUCAAGAUCUGAGCAGAUCGAAGCCUGAUGGUAAAAGAAGCACCAAGUGUAAAUUGAUUAUUAGACAUUGUGGCAUUGUAAGUUUGUUUAAGCCUGAAG